AUGGCGCCCCGUAUAUCGUGUCCGCAAGGGCUGGCCGUCCUGAACUUGUGCCUUCGUCCGGCUGCGAGACGGCCGACCCCGAGCCUGCAACCGCUGAUCCAGACGGCCAAUCUUUCGCAGAAAGAGAAGAAGCGGAUGAUGAAGCAAGAGCCUUACAGAUGGGCGCAGAUACAGGCGCGCAAGGCCGCAAAGGUUGAGCGACAGCAGGAGAUCCAAGGCGCACGCGACGCUGCAUGGGGCAGUCCCGUGCACGGCAUACCGACGACUUUUGUCGAGUCGUUCGACUCGGCCGGUCAGAGACCAGUUUCUACCCCACCCAAGCCGAAGGCUGGGGAAGUACCGGAAGAGCCGCGCGCACUGCCGACGUCUCCGGAGAUCCUCAAUCACCAAUUGUCGCGGACGGAGCUCGACGAGGCCAUUGCCAUGGCAUACCAACUGAGCAAGCCUUUGGGGAAUGCUAACCGCAUCGUGGUCGACGCCGUAAGCGAGGCACAGGAGCUACGAGAGCAUGAGGAGCGGCAUGAGAAGGCUGUGAUCGCGCUGCAGCGCAUUACGUCGCUUGACAACGCCAGCAGCAAGGGCAUCAGACAUGCCAACAUUCGGCGGUGCAUAGAGUCCUUUGGUCGCCACAAUACCGACAACGUCUUGCGGCCAAAGCCUCGGGCUCCUGGAUUGCCACCGCGUGAACAUCUUCAACGGGGCGGCCCGGAUACGGGAUCUCCAGAGGUUCAGAUCGCCAUUCUGACGGCAAAGAUUCGCGUGCUGGCUCGGGCUUUCGAAGGCAGAAAGGGAAACAAUGACAAGUUUAACCGGCGGAACCUGAGGUUGCUGUGUCACCGACGGCAGAAACUGAUGAAAUACUUGGAGAGAAAGGAACGUGGAAGCGAGAGGUGGACGAGCUUGAUCGAGACUCUGGGUCUGUCGCCUGCCACCUGGAAAGAGCAGAUUUCUGUUUAG